AACUCGGAGAUAUAACUUAAUUAAACAAGGUUAAUUGGGAUUAAGUAGAUGAAUUAUGAAGACCUUACAGAGAUCCAUAGCUAUUUUUGUUAUUUUCAAUUCGAUGCUAUUGUCAUACUAUUUCUUUUUCGUAUCUCAUAGAAUGGUAAAGCGAACACCAAACAUUACAAACAACGAUCGGAUACUUUUGAACGGUACGGGAAAUGCAAAACAGGAGAAGUACAGUAUGGAUCUAACGAAAUCUUUAGAACGUUCACGGUUCAGAAAUGCGACCUUUACACGAGAGAAAAAUAAUGUGCUGCAUCCUUUAUUUAUAACAAAUUGUUCAUUAUUACCAAGGCGUGUACCCGACUCGAUGUUCAGCGACCUCUAUGAAAUUCUAGCAGAACUAGAUCGUGCUUUCAAAAAAUAUAACGUCACCUAUGUGUUAAAGGGUGGGUCGCUACUUGGCUCGUAUCUCUUCCAUGACAUUAUCCCAUGGGAUGAUGACAUUGAUAUUAAUACCGACCAAAGAGAUUAUGAAAGGCAAAUGUUGGCUUUUCAGGAGUUGGUCGAGACGGGCAGAUACGGCGUUCAUAGUAUGACAGAUGGACGAAACAUAUACAAAGAAUUUCAGUGUGGCAUUCAAAGAAGAAACUUCUCUGCUUGGAGAGAGAUUUGGAACAACGGAGACACUUCCCUUUUCCUCCAAGCAAAGUUUUACAAAUGUUCUUCACCUCCGGCUAGGAAACCUUUCCAAUGGAGAUUGCCAUUUAUAGACAUUUAUCCUUUUGUAAACAAUGGAACGCAUGUAUGGGAACGUAAACUUCUGAAAGAAUUCAUCAGUAUAAACGAUUUUUAUCCGAUACACAAGCGUCCAAUUAGCCGUGGCUGGUACCCUUCUAUAAAAAAUCCUGUGUCUCUUUUUAAAGCACGAUAUGGUGUGAAAAAGUUCCAGUGUGAGUAUUAUUGGUACAACCAUAUGGAAGAGAAGCUAACAAAGGACAGGAAAAAAGUAAAGUGUUCGGAUAUAGCAAACUCGUGUUAUCCAACUGUGAAAAGGAGCCGACAUGGCGAAGGAGCCAUUGAAACAUUAAUUUACAGAAAUGUAUCUUUGCAUUCAGUUUUUAUUCCUGAAAUAUUAGAUAAAGAUCAUGUAGAACCAUUAUCAUACAUUUAGUAAAUGGUUUUCGAAUGCCCCUCGGCCUCGAAUUUGACAAAAUUACAUUAAAAUGGAUACUUUUGCUUUUCGUUGAUUAGAAAAGUUUUAUAAAUCAAAAAGCAACCAUAUCCAAAUUGAUACAAGGGCAAUUCAAAACCUUUUCUAAACUUUCCUUGGUAUUACUUUGGUAUGAGGUGUUUAUUAUUCGAUUACGACCCUCUUAUAUAUUUACAUUUCUUUAUUGCGACCAAUUCUGAUCAUCAUAC